ACAGAGUAGUUACAUCUAGCUGCGGUCACACUGACUUGUCCACCAACAAAAGCGCGCCUUAUUUUUUUGGCAUCGCUUCUUGUCUUAUGGUUUUGCAAAUAACAUUUCACCAAGGUACCUAAAAUGGACGGUAAGCGCAAGUUUAAUGGAACCUCCAAUGGACAUGCCAAGAAGCCCAGGAAUCCCGAUGACGAUGAGGAAAUGGGCUUUGAGGCGGAGCUGGCCGCCUUCGAGAACUCCGAGGACAUGGACCAGACUCUGCUAAUGGGCGAUGGACCCGAGAACCAAACGACCAGCGAGCGUUGGUCCCGUCCGCCGCCCCCAGAACUGGAUCCCUCCAAGCACAACUUGGAAUUUCAGCAGCUGGACGUGGAAAACUAUUUGGGACAGCCGUUGCCGGGAAUGCCAGGUGCCCAAAUAGGGCCCGUGCCGGUGGUCCGAAUGUUUGGUGUCACCAUGGAGGGUAACUCUGUGUGCUGCCAUGUGCAUGGCUUCUGUCCGUACUUCUACAUAGAGGCGCCCAAUCAAUUCGAGGAGCACCACUGCGAGAAACUACAAAAAGCCUUGGAUCAAAAGGUCAUUGCCGAUAUUCGCAACAACAAAGAUAAUGUCCAGGAGGCUGUGCUCAUGGUGGAACUGGUGGAGAAGCUGAACAUCCAUGGAUACAAUGGAGACAAGAAGCAGAGGUACAUCAAAAUCUCGGUAACCCUGCCCAGAUUUGUGGCUGCGGCUUCACGUCUCCUCAAAAAGGAGGUGAUCAUGUCGGAGAUUGACUUCCAGGACUGUCGCGCCUUUGAGAAUAACAUAGACUUUGACAUUCGCUUCAUGGUGGACACUGAUGUGGUGGGUUGCAAUUGGAUAGAGCUUCCCAUGGGUCACUGGCGAAUAAGGAACAGUCACAGCAAGCCGUUGCCUGAAUCCCGCUGCCAGAUUGAAGUAGACGUGGCCUUCGACAGAUUUAUAUCCCACGAGCCCGAAGGUGAAUGGUCCAAGGUGGCUCCAUUCCGGAUCCUCUCCUUUGAUAUUGAAUGCGCUGGUCGCAAAGGAAUCUUUCCGGAGGCCAAAAUGGAUCCAGUCAUCCAGAUAGCCAAUAUGGUGAUCAGGCAGGGAGAACGAGAACCUUUCAUCAGGAAUGUCUUUACCCUAAAUGAGUGCGCUCCGAUCAUAGGUAGUCAGGUGUUGUGCCACGACAAGGAGACCCAGAUGCUGGACAAGUGGUCUGCCUUUGUCCGGGAAGUUGACCCGGACAUUUUGACCGGAUAUAAUAUCAACAACUUUGACUUUCCCUAUUUGAUUAACCGAGCUGCUCACUUGAAGGUCAGGAACUUCGAGUAUUUGGGCAGGAUUAAGAACAUUCGUUCGGUGAUCAAGGAACAGAUGUUGCAGUCGAAGCAGAUGGGUCGCAGGGAAAACCAAUACGUUAAUUUUGAGGGUAGAGUUCCCUUCGAUCUCCUCUUUGUCCUGCUGCGCGACUACAAACUACGCUCGUACACUCUCAACGCUGUGAGCUAUCACUUCCUGCAGGAGCAAAAGGAGGAUGUGCAUCAUAGCAUUAUCACAGAUCUUCAGAAUGGAGACGAGCAGACACGUCGCCGUUUGGCCAUGUACUGUCUAAAGGAUGCCUACUUACCGCUAAGAUUGCUGGAAAAGCUAAUGGCCAUUGUCAACUACAUGGAGAUGGCCAGGGUGACGGGUGUGCCACUGGAGUCCUUGCUCACCCGCGGACAACAGAUCAAGGUUUUAAGCCAAUUGCUGCGCAAGGCCAAAACGAAGGGAUUCAUCAUGCCCUCGUACACCUCACAGGGAUCGGAUGAACAGUAUGAAGGAGCGACUGUGAUUGAACCAAAACGGGGCUACUAUGCAGACCCUAUCUCCACGCUGGAUUUCGCCUCUCUGUAUCCAAGUAUAAUGAUGGCGCAUAACUUGUGCUACACCACCUUGGUUUUGGGUGGAACACGUGAGAAGCUGCGGCAGCAGGAGAACCUGCAGGACGAUCAAGUGGAACGUACGCCCGCAAACAACUACUUUGUGAAGUCUGAGGUGCGUCGUGGUCUGCUCCCUGAGAUUCUGGAAUCUCUUUUGGCGGCCAGAAAGCGUGCCAAAAACGACCUAAAAGUGGAAACAGAUCCGUUUAAAAGAAAGGUUCUGGAUGGCAGACAGCUGGCGCUGAAGAUUUCGGCUAAUUCCGUGUACGGAUUUACUGGCGCACAGGUGGGAAAGUUGCCAUGCUUAGAGAUCUCGGGCAGCGUCACCGCCUACGGCCGUACCAUGAUCGAGUUGACCAAGAACGAAGUGGAAUCCCACUACACACAGGCCAAUGGCUACGAGAACAAUGCAGUGGUCAUCUACGGCGACACUGAUUCUGUGAUGGUUAAUUUCGGAGUUAAAACCCUGGAGCGCAGCAUGGAGCUGGGACGCGAGGCUGCCGAACUGGUCAGCUCCAAGUUCGUGCAUCCCAUCAAAUUGGAAUUCGAGAAAGUUUACUAUCCUUACCUCCUGAUUAACAAGAAACGCUAUGCGGGAUUGUACUUUACGCGCCCAGAUACCUACGAUAAAAUGGAUUGCAAGGGCAUUGAAACCGUGAGGAGAGACAACUCUCCGCUGGUGGCCAACCUGAUGAACUCCUGCCUGCAGAAACUACUCAUCGAAAGGGAUCCCGAUGGUGCAGUUGCCUAUGUCAAACAGGUGAUUGCGGAUCUGCUCUGCAAUCGCAUCGAUAUCUCGCACCUGGUCAUAACCAAGGAGUUGGCCAAGACGGACUACGCUGCCAAACAGGCGCACGUUGAGCUGGCCGCCAAGAUGAAGAAAAGAGAUCCCGGUACGGCGCCCAAACUGGGGGAUCGAGUUCCGUAUGUAAUCUGUGCGGCAGCAAAAAACACACCCGCUUACCAGAAGGCCGAGGAUCCGCUGUAUGUGCUGGAAAACAGCGUGCCCAUCGAUGCCACCUACUAUCUGGAACAGCAGCUGUCCAAGCCGCUGCUAAGGAUCUUUGAACCCAUUUUGGGCGACAAUGCCGAGUCAAUUUUGUUAAAAGGAGAACACACGCGCACACGAACCGUGGUAACCUCCAAAGUGGGCGGACUUGCUGGAUUUAUGACCAAGAAAACGUCAUGUUUGGGCUGCAAAUCCCUGAUGCCCAAGGGCUACGAACAGGCCUGCCUGUGUCCACACUGCGAGCCACGAAUGAGUGAGCUGUAUCAGAAGGAGGUGGGUGCAAAGAGGGAACUGGAGGAGACCUUCUCUCGCCUAUGGACCGAGUGCCAGCGAUGCCAGGAAUCCUUGCACGAGGAGGUCAUCUGCUCCAACAGAGAUUGUCCCAUCUUCUACAUGCGACAGAAGGUUCGCAUGGAUCUGGACAAUCAGGAGAAGCGGGUGAUGCGAUUCGGCCUGGCCGAGUGGUAACCAAUGCAUGAAUUUACUGAAUUGUUUAAUCCUAUAAUUUAAUAAUUAUAUUACUAGAAGUUA